GUUAAAGGAUUAUAGAAUUAUUAGUGGCAAGGAAAUUUUAAUUAUAGUAUUAAUUUGUUUUUCCUAUCUCUUAUAAUAUCAACAAAAAAAAUUAUGACAGACAAAAUUAAAUUGUUUCUCCAAAAAAUAAAAUUGGAUGUAAAAUUUAUGAAUGCUGGAGAAGGUCACAAGUUGACUGAUUCAACUAGUACUGUUGAAUCUACAUCUACAGUAGAUCCAGGAGAAAGGGUAAAACCCACAAAAGAAGCUGAAACAGCUGGUCAAGCAGCUUUAGCAAGAUUAGAAAUAAAGAAGGCCAAUAUAAAAAAUUUUAACACAUCAUAUGCAACUAUUAAAGCACAAGUAAAACGAGAAUUAGAACAAGAAAGAAAAGCGCAGCAAAAUGCACAAAAAGCACAGUCAGAAGAAAAGGCUAAAGAUAAAAUCAAGGAUAAUUCCUUAUUAGCUGUUACCAAUGUUGGGUAUCGUUGUCCAUAUUUAUCUGAUGAAAUAUUAUCACAAAAUGAAUGGAAAGUGAAAAUAAGAGAAUUUUUGUAUGAACAAUUAAAAGGAGAAGAUGCAGGCUUAAUAUCUUGUUUAAUUAUAAAGAACUGCAAUAAAGAAAAACGAAAAAUUGACGUUUGUGUUGAAACACUUGGAAAAUAUUUGGAAAACAUUAUAAAUAAUCCAGAUGAAGAAAAGUAUAAAAAGAUUAGAAUACAGAACAAAAUAUUUCAAGAUAAAGUAGUCCCAGUUGAAGGUGCAUUAGAGUUUUUAAAUGCUGCUGGUUUUCGUCAAAAGAAGUUAUUGAAUAAUGAUAAAGAGGAAAAUUUUUUAGUUUGGAGUGCAGAUAAUUGCAAUAUUGAAAAUGUUAUUACAUUACUUGAGGCACUAAAAAUUGCAGAAUCCAUUCCUCUUGAAUUGGAUAGAAAUCUCAAAAUAUUGUUACCUAUGCAAGCAAGCAAGCAAACUAAAUUACCACCAACCUUUUUCAAUACAACUUCGGUAAUUAUAAGUGCAGCAGAUGAAAGGAAUCAGAUGUUAAUGACGAAAGCCAUGAGAGAAAGAGAAGAAAAUGAAAGGCUUAACAAAUAUAAGUUUUCAUUGAUUCGUAUAAAAUUUCCAGAUAAUCUUAUAUUGCAAGGAACAUUUUCUGUUCAUGAAAGUUUUCAGAAUGUUGUUAAUUUUGUUACUGAGAAUUUGAUAAAUAAUGAGAGGCCUUUCAGCUUAAGAAAGCUACCUAAUACAACAUAUAAUGAAGAUUCCUUUGGUAAAACAUUACUUCAAUUGGACUUAUUUCCUACUACAAUUUUGAUGUUUUCCUGGAAAAAUAGGUCAGAACAAACAAAUUAUAAUGAAUCUGUAGGAUAUUUAAAAGAAGAAUUACUUUCUCUCAUGCAAAUUGCUUGAAAUUUUUCUUUAUGUAAUAUUUAAUCUUUACAAAUUAUGAUUAUAAAUGUUGAAAAAGAUAAAAACAAGUAUCUUAAUACGGCUUACCUUUUUUGAUAUAAUAGAAAUGAAAAAAAAAAAGAUAAAAAUAAAAGACAGUUGUAUUUACAUUCAUUCCAAGUUUUAAUAAAAAUAUGAAAUUACAGUAGAACCUUACAUAAUGCGUGUGGAGGGAAUGUUUCGUG